CCUUUCGCCUACAAGCGAUGGGCAAUUCUUCACUCGUCAUGGUUGAAAAACAGUACAUUUCGAUAAUAUACACUACGAUAAGAAUUACAUCCGACCCCCCUUGAUUUCCCUGAUUAUGGUCACGAGCUGUUCCCCGUGCCCUGUUUCAGGGUUGGAGCAGGGACGAUCCUGCUUACUAUUUAACCGUCGCGCUACUGAUGGGAAACCAUUUAGUCGUUAAUCGUACACCAAAGCUCAGUGGUCAGGAUGAAGCUUAGCUCAGUGAGUGUGAAGGUGGCAGCUCUGCUGCUGCUUGCCGCAAUUGUCGUCGUUUCGGGCAAGUCGGUUGAGAAGAGCCGUCGCCCAUUCCCGGCAAUCGAGCGGAUCGUAAGCCGCCGUGAGGGCGUCCGUCCGCCGAAGGACUACGUAUCGAACAAUCCGCGCACGGUCGAGGGACGCUUCACGUCGCGUGUGAACCACUUUGACCCACAGAAUCGCGAUACGUUCGAGUUUAACUAUCUGCAAAAUGAUCAGUAUUACCGUCCGGGUGGCCCACUGUUCGUCGUCGUCGGUGGACACUAUCCGAUCAAUCCGUACUUCAUGGAGAACAGCCACUUCCGCGAUGUGGCCGCCCUGCAGGGAGCCUGGUUGGCAACGAACGAGCACCGCUAUUUCGGCGACAGUCAUCCCGUCCCAAACUUGUCCACCGAGAACUUGCGAUUCAUGCGCACGGAACAGGUCCUGUUCGAUCUGAUCGAGUGGAUCGAUUUCUUGAAGCGCGAAGUUGUGGGUGAUCCGAACGCACGCGUCAUUCUGCACGGUGUCGCAUAUGCUGGAACGCUUGCCACGUGGGCCCGUCAGCGCUUCCCGAACAUCAUCGAUGGUGCCUGGGGAUCCAGUGCGCCGGUGCGUGCAACCGCCAAUUUCGAGGAGUUCGCCGUGGAGGUUGGCAAUAUCAUCCGUACUAGGGCUGACGGCCAGUGCUACAACCGUAUCUUCCAAGCUUUCCAUACCGCCGAAAAUCUGGUCGAUGCUGGUUCUACCGAAAUGAUCUCGGAGAUGUUCAACACCUGCGAACCAGUUAAUGCUGAGGAUCCGAUCGAGGUACAGCUGCUCUUCUACGCAAUGAUGCUCUCGCUCGAAGCGGCCAUGGUUGAGGAUGUCGAUGUGGAAAAUAUUAACCGCGUGUGUGACGCACUUACCGAUGAACAGUACGAUACCGGACUGGAGGCACUGUCCGCUUUCUUGAUUGAACGCUAUGCCGAUGCACGUGAGUGCUUCGAUCUGUCGUUCGAGAACUUCGUACGCUACCUAACCGAUGAGGAUCUCGAUGCACCGGCCAACGUUCAGUUCGGAUUGCGCCAGUCCACCUACCAUGACUGUACCGAGUUCGGUUACUUCGAAACGACUACCUCGCCGGAUCAACCGUUCGGUUCCAAGGUGAACUACGAUCUGUUCUUGGCGGAAUGUCAGGCCGCGUACGGCGAAUUUCUCACCCAGGAAGUCGUGUAUGAAGGCAUCCGUCUGACCAACUUCCACUUCGGUGCAACUGAUCCGCGCACCACGAACGUACUCUUCACGACCGGUGAGAUCGAUCCACUUCGUGCCGUGGCGAUCACGGAGUACACGAACUUGCUCUCAAACGCACGCACCACACCGGGCGCCUUCAUCGGCCAGGACAUCAUUUCGAUCAGUGGCAUGGAUUCCGAGGAACUGCUCGAAACCAAGCACAUGGCCGAGGAGUACAUCACCACCUGGCUCGGAUCACCGAUCAGUCCAUUCCGGAAGUAGACUGCGUAAGCGCUGCUAGAGCGUAAGUAGGUGGCCACCGGAAGCCCCAUUCCCAUGUCAUGCCUGUGUCCACCUUAUCACGCUAAUGUGGAAGAGGCUUCCCGUAGCAUAACGGCCGCGAAACAUACAAUGUACGCAUAAAAAAAGAAGUAAUAAAACAAUAAGCUUACAAAUAGUAGCCUUACCUCGCAGUUCCAUAUAUCAAUGCUUCCGUUUUUU